AUGCCUUACAGCAACUCCUUCGACAUCAACGAGUUUAUCAACGUUGACAUGUUCGAGGAUGACGUCCCGGAGAUGGAUACGGAUACCACCGAGGAUUCGCAGGCGCAUGAGCAUGAUUCCGAACGCAACAAGGCCAACGACGUCGACUUCCCAAACGCAGGAUCUCUGCCCUCGUUCCCCCAAGACGUGCUGCACCUCCUCCCACCGAACUCGCCCUUUACACUCUUGCAAGACACCACCAAUUCCGUGGACCGUGUGGCUAUUAGUUCGCAAGCCCAGGAUGGAGAAGAGGAACAUGAGACGAAGUCUUUCGAGCCACCCGUCGUACCGAGCGACAACAUUCGCGCGCCUCCGCCGCCGGCCUCAAACGCUGCGGAGCUCCCACUCGUCGUAGGAAACCAGCCAUCACAGCAAGACUAUCCCUCCGCGCAGGCUUCUACCAGCCGACAAAGGGACAAGGAGAAUGCACCGCUCGCCCAUCCUCCAGUCGAUGGACAUCCUGCUGCACUUCAACCCCUCGCUUCUCCAGUCGUCACUCGACCUCGUCGCCGCGCGCAACAAGAGCGGCCUAUCGCGGGGCCCUCUUCCGUCACGUUGGACGACCUAGCGUCCGCAGAGUCGCAAGGUUCUGAUGCGGCGCCGGAGCGACCCCGCACUAAGCGUCCUCGCAGCACACACGAUGAUGUCUCCGCCAUGCAGGCGGCUGCUCGCAAGGCAAAAAAGUGCGGGCUCGAUGGAGGCGAGUGCAAACACGCGCUCACGGACGACACGACGGAGAAUAAGCAGCACAUCAAGGACAACCACCCCUGCAAGAUCCCGUCUGACGCAGGAACGCCGGCAGCCACCACGGGAACUAUCUAUUACAAAGGCAAAAAAGCUCUGUCCGACGAAGACGUGCGGGGUCACGUCACGAAGGGCUCACUUGCUUGUACGUGGGGUACGCCUGGGGCUGCGCGGUGCGGACACGUGUUCUCUGGUGACACGCCAGAGGCGAGCUUGGCGCGGCAUGUGGAGGAGAACCACUGGGGCCGGGAGUUCGCGUGCGACAAGUGCACUCCGCGUCGCCGGUUUGGCUCUCUUCGUGCGCUCCAAGCCCACAUGAAGAAGCACGACGGCGCUGGGUGUGCUGAUGUACCGAAGGGCAAGAAAGCUCGCCGGGAUAAUGGAGACGGAGACGGCGAUGAAGGGAAAGGAAUGCGGCCGACGAAGCGACGGAGGGUGAAGUGA